ACAAGCAUCCUGACGCCGUUCCGAAACAUUCCGUAUCUUCGUAUCUUUGCAUCUUUGUAUCUUACUGUUAAGUUGCUUGCGUGAAAAAACGGCAUGGUCCUAGCCCUCCGAUAAGGCUCGAAGCAUCCAUCCAUGCUACCGCGCAGAUCAUCCUGCUAUUCUCAGCCCGGGGCCUGGCCUCGAAAGGUAAUUGGGCCCAGUGUACGCUCUGAGGCGUGGUUUGAGAUGUUGGAGCCCGGCCCGCUGUAUUGCACACGACAUCAGACCAUGGCCUCAUCUCAGUCGGGCCGGCCGGAUCUCAAGCUGGCCAGUUACACGGUUCGCCGGUCAAGGUGCGAAUGUCUGUCGAUGCGGGCCGAUGAUAUAUGCAACUGCGCCGCCGUCCUCAUAUUGGGGGCGAUUGUGAGGCCGUGAGGCUUUUUCUUUCUUAUGCGGCGCAGAGCGGCGGUGGUUGAUGGUGGUGGUAGUGAUGGCGGUGGCGGGGAGCCGCAUCACGAAGGACGAGCUGCGCAACAACGCCACCGACGGCAA